CGUGAGAACUUGGGGAGGCGGCUGCUAGGGACGAGGUAGAGACCGAAGUCAGAGACGCUCCGGGCAGAGCAGACUAGGGGCUGCCCGGCCGAGGCGGCAGUGCCCAGGCGCGACCCUGGGGACCGAGCGUACGGUCCUCUCCGGCCCCCAGCUCCUCCCUCCGCCCGGCUCUACUUCAUUCACAGGGUCCGAGCCCUCCCUCCCGCACCCUCGCUCAGCCCCUGCAAGCUGAGGCCGGGAGUUAAAGAGGAGGCUUUGCAGAAAGCUUUAAAGCCUCUCCGGGCGGGACUGGAGGAGUGGCGCUGAGGCCAGGCACGGUCUUACCGCGUGGGCACAGGGGAGAGCCCCAGCCCCGCCGCGUGCCGCGCAAAAGCGGCCGCCAGAGGGAGGCGAGCCCGGGGAUCGCCCAGCCCCGGGAAAGCGAGCGAGGGGGCGGAGAGGAGGCAGGGCUGGGAAGGAAGAGGAAGAGAGGAGCGCGGGAGGCCAGACCUAGGGAGGCUGGAAGCGACCAGCUGGGAAGAGCGUUCGCUGGCUUAGGAAGGACUGCGCUCAGCUUUGCAGUAAAACUCCGGCACAACCCGGACGGAUGCGCACCGCCAACGGAGGCCAGCCGGCCGGAGCUUCCCCUCCAGCUAGCCCGGUGGACGCGGGCAGCGAGAACUUGGAAAGACUGCAGCAUAGCAAGGAUAUCAUCAUAAUGUAACCAUUCUUUACAUGUGGUGUGAUGUUCCUUCACGCAUCCCUGACAGGUGAAGAAGAGGCACAGAGCAGGGCCUCAGUACUCUCAGGCAAGGAGGAUAGUUCCUGAAGGACAAUACAUGGGACACGCGUGGGGCUUCCCAGUAGACAGCGAAACGAUGCCCAGCACUCUGCCAGACACUCACGAAGAGAGAAGCAGAGUAGCAGGCAGGCAACUGGCAGUGUGUGAUUCGGAAAGAACAAGUGCAAAGUGGUACAGAGCUCUUCGACAUCUGUGGUGACGCCAAAGGCGACAUACGUGAGAUCAGUGUGGCUAACCGCAGGACGCAGCGUUAUCCAAGUGCCACAGAUCAGCUGAGAACCUGGUGUCUUGAAUCACCUGAGUCUAGAGUUUCUGCUGUAGGGGCAUUUAAAGAAGUGAGACUCUUUCUGCCUUUGAAGUCAUUUCCCAGUGGUGCCCAUAAAACAUGGUGGGGAAUUUGGAAAAUGUCUUUGCUGCCAUCUUUUGACCAAGAAACCUGCACAAGCUCAUGAACCUUGAUCUGCUCAACCCGGGUAGAGGCACUUGGGGCAGCAUCUGGGCACUGUGAGCAUGAAAGCCUAUGGGAUCCGAACGGACUGAGAUGCGCAAGCGGCAGACGUGCACCGGUAGUGACGCGCCAGGCUCGAUUCCAGGCCAGCAGGGCGUGGAGAGUCGCGGCUCCAACAAUGCCUGCUGCUUCUGCUGGUGCUGCUGUUGCAGCUGUUCUUGCCUCACUGUUAGAAACCAAGAAGACCAGAGACCCCCUAGAGCAUCCCACGAACUCAGCACAGACACUCCAACCUGUGAAGAAAGCCCAACUCCCACUCUGGAGGAAGUCAGUGCCUGGGCCCAGUCAUUCGACAACUUGAUGGUCACCCCAGCGGGAAGAAACGUGUUCCGGGAAUUCCUGCGAACAGAGUUCAGUGAAGAAAACAUGCUUUUCUGGAUGGCUUGUGAAGAACUGAAAAAGGAAGCUAACAAAAGCAUUAUUGAAGAGAAAGCAAGGAUAAUAUAUGAAGACUACAUUUCUAUUCUCUCUCCUAAAGAGGGGAAUCUGACACCCUCUUCUGACCUCCAUGGCCAUUGCAUGAUACAGGUCAGUUUGGACUCCCGAGUAAGAGAAGUCAUCAACAGAAACAUGGUGGACCCGUCCCAACACAUAUUCGAUGAUGCACAACUUCAGAUUUAUACCCUUAUGCACAGAGACUCCUAUCCCCGAUUCAUGAACUCUGCCCUCUACAAGGAUCUGCUUCAGUCCUUAUCUAAGAAGUCGGUUGAAGCAUGAGGUUUCAGAUAUAUUUAUUAUUAAUAAAACUAUAAAAGAAUUCAUGGACUAUGUCUAGCACAGGGAAUUUAGAGGUAGAAUCUCUUCAGCUGGAGUAAUACUUGGGCUGUUUUAAUAACAUUCUUCCUCCUACCAUCAUAUGUUGAUAAUGUAAACUACAACCACCUGUAGUGAUAACUUUUGAGAAAAAAUGGGAUACGACUGCUUUCCAAAGAUAGUACACUCACAUGUGUAGUGACAGUAUCCUGUUCUCAGUGGCAGAGGGUGCACCGAAAACCUCCAUUCUGCCUGGAGCAAUGGACAUACAGAGCAAAUAGGACCAAUUUUGUUUUGCAUGAGUUCAAUAGUAACAUACUACCCCCACAAAGAAAAGACAUUCCGGUCUUUCUCAACUAUCCCUUCCUUCAGUUCGAAUACUUCAGUUGGUGCCAUGACCAAACUCAAGUUCACAUUUUAUGAUGUGACCAUUCCUUGUCAAAAUGGCAACCCAAAUCCUCUCUUGAGUGUGUAUGUAUGUAGACAUGUCUGUAUGUAUGCGUGUGUACACAUGGUUGAUGUAAAGCAGCAUGCACUUGGUGGGGCAGUCUCAGAUGUUCAGUAAGAGAAAUAGUGCUUAGGUAAUUCUUCAGUCAGAAAGGGUUACUGUCUCUCUUGGAAUCUGCCUCCCUGAAGAAUGAAUUUUGAAGUUCAUAGCUUGGACAUAUUCAUAAACCUUCAAAUAAGCAUAUUUCCAUUUUUAUUAUUUAAACAAAAUGGGUAUUUUCACUCUAAAAAUAAA